UUGCAGGAAGGCAUGCCCCAAACGCUGAGCUCUUCCAGCAUGUUUACCCCCUGUGGCUUCAGCCCUCAUAAUCUCCAUCCAUCCAAAGAAGAUGAUGAAGGAGGGUUGAUCUUUCAAGAUGGAAACCUUACCUCAGCAUCUCUCGAUGCUUUGAUCCAGCAUCUUAUACCUACAGCUGAGUACUACCCUGAGAAGGCCUAUAUCUUUACAUUCCUGCUCAGCUCACGACUCUUCAUUGAACCUCACGAACUUCUCUUGCGCGUUUGCCACAAGUGCAUUGAGCAGCAGCAGCUGGAUGACCCAGUGCUGGAUAAGGCCCGGAUCAGAAAAUUUGGACCCAAAAUUCUACAGUUAUUGACAGAAUGGACAGAAACAUUUCCUUAUGACUUUCAAGAAGAGAGAAUGAUUAGCUGUUUGAAAGACAUUAUCCACCGGAUAGCUCCAUGUGAUGAGGCAUACUGGAAAAAAAUGAAUCAGCUUCUACAAACGCUGAACCAGAAGCUCGCAUCUUUAAACCACGGUCAGGAAGGGAUAGUCAAGAUCAAUGCAGCUGUCUCGGACAAGGUGGUUGCUUUUAAAAGUAAACCUCCGUCCAUUCAAAGAGAAAUGUUAAGUGUCUGCAGUGAUCCGUACACCUUGGCCCAGCAGCUGACACACGUGGAACUGGAAAGACUGAGUCACAUUGGCCCUGAAGAAUUUGUUCAGGCAUUUGUCCAUAAGGAUCCUUUGGAAAGCACAAAGCCUUGUUUCAGUGAACAGAAGAAGACGAGUAACCUCGAGGCCUAUGUAAAGUGGUUCAAUAGACUGUGCUAUCUUGUAGCAACAGAAAUUUGCAUGCCGGCAAAAAAGAAGCAACGAGCACAAGUUAUCGAGUUCUUCAUUGACGUUGCUCGAGAGUGCUUUAAUAUAGGGAAUUUUAAUUCAUUGAUGGCCAUCAUAUCUGGUAUGAACAUGAGUCCAGUUUCCAGAUUAAAGAAGACCUGGUCAAAAGUCAAAACAGCCAAGUUUUUUAUUCUUGAGCAUCAGAUGGACCCAACUGGUAACUUCUAUAACUACAGAACUGCCUUGCGUGGAGCUGCCCAUCGGUCCUUGACAGCGCAUAGCAACAGAGAAAAGAUUGUGAUCCCGUUCUUCAGCCUACUGAUCAAAGACAUUUAUUUUUUGAAUGAAGGAUGCGCUAACCGCCUCCCAAACGGACAUGUCAACUUUGAAAAAUUCCUGGAACUGGCUAAACAAGUAGGAGAAUUUAUAACAUGGAAACAAGUAGAAUGUCCAUUUGAACAAGAUGAUAAUAUCAUCCACUAUUUACAUACAGCACCCAUCUUUACUGAGGAUGGUUUGUAUCUGGCUUCCUAUGAAAGCGAAAGUCCAGAAAACCAAACUGAAAAAGAAAGGUGGAAAACGUUGAGGUCUACUAUCUUAGGAAAGACUUGAAGAUAAAGAUAUACGACUCAGUAGGAUAAAAUAAAUCAGCAAAACUACUUUGCACUACUGAUUCCAAAGAUGCCUGUUUGGGAUUUAGGAGAUUUUAUUCUUUAUUUUUGGGUGCGUUUUUGGACUAUGUGGUUAAAGAGGAUUAAUCCACCAGACUUAACAGAUGA